AUGUCGCAAUCUAUCGCUUUCAGUGGAAAAUCCCACGACGCCGCCAUCUUCAUCUUCAGCAAGUCCUUCCUCGACGCCGCCACUAUCGUCAUUGGUUCCUCCCACGACGCCGCCAUCUUCAUCUUCAGCAAGUCCUUCCUCGACGCCGCCACUAUCGUCAUUGGGUCCUCACAUGACCGUGCCAUCUUCGUCUUCAGUGGUUCCUCACACGACGCCGCCAUCUUCCGGGUCCUUCUUCCACGCCGCCACUAUCGUCUUCAGCAGGUCUUUCCACCACGCCACCGACAUCCUCUUCAGCGGGUCUUUCCACCACGCCGACAUUGUCUUCAGUGGGACUUUCCACGACGCCGCCAUCUUCGUCUUCAGCGGGUCCUCACACGACGCCACCAUUUUCGUCUUCAGCGGGUCCUCACAUGGCCAUCUUCGUCUUCAUUGGUUCCUCCCACGACGCCACCAUCUUCGUCUUCAGCUGGUUAUCCCACGACGCCGCCAUCUUCGUCUUCAGCGGGUCCUUCCUCGACGCCACCACUAUUGUCUUCAGCAGGUGUUUCCACCACGCCACCGACAUUCUUUUCAGCGGGUCUUUCCACGACGCUGACAUCGUCUUCACCCUGUCCUCCCACGGCGCCGCCAUCUUCGUCUUCAGCGGGUCCUCCCACGACGCCACCAUCUUCGUCUUCAGCGGGGUCCUCCCAAGACGCCACCAUCUUCGUCUUCAACGGGUCCUUUCACGGUGCCACCAAUUUCGUUUUCAGCGGGUCCUCCCAUGACGGCGCCAUCUUCGUCUUCAGUGGUUCCUCCCACGACGCCACCAUCUUUGUUUUCAAUGGGUCCUCCCACGAUGCCACCAUUUUUGUAUUCAGCGGGUCCUUACAUGACGGUGCCAUCUUCGUCUUCAGUGGUUUUUCCCACGACGCCACCAUCUUCGUCUUCAGCUGGUCAUCCCACGACGCCCCCAUCUUCGUCAUUAGCGGGUCCUUCCUCGACGUCGCCACUAUCGUCUUCAGCAGGUCUUUCCACCACGUCACCGACAUCCUCUUCAGCGGGUCUUUCCACCACACCGACAUCGUCUUCAGUGGGUCUUUUCACGACGCCGACAUCAUCUUCACCCUGUCCUUCGACGACACCACCAUCUUCGUCUUCAGCAGGUCCUCUCACGAUGCCAUCAUUUUCGUCUACAGUGGUUCCUCCCACGACGCCACCAUCUUCGUCUCCACUGGGUCCUCCCACGACGCCACCAUCUUCGUCUCCACUGGGUCCUCCCAUGAUGCCACCAUCUUCGUCUUCAGCAGGUUCUCCCACGAUGCCACCAUCUUUGUCUUCAGCAGGUCCUCCCACGACGCCGCCACUAUCGUCAUGUGA